AUGAAAUUAUACCCACUACUGCUCAAGCCUCCAAGUACAACAACGCAUAAGCGAAUCACAAGUAACGGUAGUAGAUUCUAUCCAUACUUCAAGGAUUGCGUUGGAGCCAUAGAUGGUUCACAUAUCCCAACAUGGGUUCAAGUAGAACAACAUCGUUCAUUUCGUGAUAGGCAUGGAUGUAUAUCCCAAAACAUCCUAGCUGCAUGCGAUUUUGACAAGAAGUUUACAUAUAUACUUGCUGGCUGGGCAGGAUCGGCAUCAGAUUCUCGAAUAUUGGAUAAUGCCAUACACAGGGUAGGAGAAGGAAGGUUAGUGGUACCUGAAGACAAAUUCUAUCUUGUUGAUGCUGGGUUUCCUAAUCAGAAAGGAUUCUUGAGACCAUUCCGUAAUGUUCGAUAUCACGUGAAAGAGUGGAAAAACUCUAAUUUGGGGCCGCAAGAUAAGAAGGAGUUGUUUAAUUUACGACAUGCCUCUUUGCGUAAUUGCAUUGAAUGUGCGUUUGGUCUCUUGAAGAAAAGAUUCAAGAUAUUGAAAAAUCAGCCUGAAUAUCCUUUUAAGACACAAGUCAAGAUUGUGAAUGCUUGUGUUCUUCUUCAUAAUUUGUGUUUGACUGUAAAUAGUUAUGAGGAAGAGGAGUCAUUUUUCGAAGCUGAGGAAGAAGAAGAAUCUACUUCCAACAAUGCUAGCAUAACAGUAGAAACAGAUGUGGAAUCUGAGGAUGAUGACAAUGUUGUUCAAGGUACUGGUAAUGUGGAAUGGGAUCAAUUCCGAGAAGGCAUGGCUGACAACAUGUGGGGCAGCUGGAUGGGAGGCGGUGUAGAUGAUGAUGAUAUGUAUAAUGAUCUCAAUGGUUUUGAUGAUGUGAAUGAUUCAGAUUGA